GAGAAACGAGAGAAGAGGCUGGAGGCUGAAGCAUCCUACAGGGCAUGGAUGGAGAAAAAGAAAGAAGUGCUGAAGGUGGAAGAGGAGAAGAAAAAGAGGGCGGAGAAAGACAAGGAAAUGAAAGAGAAAGAGGAAAGGGAGGAGAAGAUGGUGGAGUCUGUGAAAUCGUUCCAGUCUUGGAAAGAGAAAAAGGACCAUAUGAUAAAAAGAGAACUGCGCAAGAAGGAGCAGGCGGAGCAGAGGGCCAAGGAAGAUGAGGAGUAUGAGAAGAAAAUGAAGGAAAAGCAGGCAAAACUUGAGAAGAAGAGAGCGAAGCAGAGACGACUGAUGGGAGAGGACGAAUACAAACCAGCGUGGUCCCCUGCCAGCAAGACGAUUCCUUUUGGAAGUUGAUGAAAAGAUGACUCUUGUGUCUGGGUGUGUGUGGAGUCUGUUGCCAGAGCAGGUGAGAGAGAGAGAGAAACGAAGUGAGGAGAGGCACAGGGAAAGUUAACGAAAUAAUAGAAAAGUACACAUGUUAGGUAUAAGGAUAGAAGGUCAAAUAAAGUGCACAAAAUUACGA